AUGAGGAAGAAGCAGCACCACCACCACCAACACCGCGCCGCAUCCCUCGACGAGAACCGCGUGUGUCUCGAGAAAAUUCUCGUUAACCGCCGCGCAGCCGCCGACGAUUCCGUUAGAUCCAGGAAUCCCAAGACCGUAGAACAUGUUUUCUUCAAGCAUUCAAGCUCCAGCUCCUCCGAUUCGAGCGGAUUCUCGUCUUCCGAGUCCGAUUCCUUCUACAAACGAUCUAGAUCGUCGCACUCUCCGCCGGCGAUUUGUCAUCCGAAGCCCAUUCGAACCACCGUCGAGAGAUUCGAGCGGUCGCCUCAGCCUCACCGUCCUAGCAAUAAACAGGAGCAUGGGAGCUUUCUCAGAACGAAAUCCAAGGCGUUGAAGAUCUACAGCGAUUUGAAGAAAGUGAAACAGCCGAUUUCUCCCGGCGGCCGUCUCGCCACUUUCCUUAACUCGAUCUUCACCGGCGCCGGAAACGCUAAGAAGCUGAAUAAAAUUAACACCACCACCGUCGCUUCCGCGCCCGCGUCCUCCACCACGUGCUCCUCCGCAUCCUCCUUCUCAAGAUCCUGCUUGAGCAAAACUCCGUCGUCUAGCGAAAAAUCGAAAAGGUCCGUACGAUUCUGUCCCGUCAACGUCGUAUUCGACGAAGAAUCCAAGCGAAGUGGUCACAUUAACAACAACAAAUCGUACGGAAACAAGGAGCAUGAUUCCUCUCGCCAUCAUCAAAGCUUUGACACUCUUGAGAUCCGAGCCACGGAGGAGAAUCGUCGCGUUAUCGAAGCAGCCAAGGAACUUCUCAGAACUUACCAGAAGAAUAAAGACGUCGUCAACAUUACCGGCGGAGAAGAAGAAGAAGAGGACGACGACGAUGAUGCUGCGAGUUGCGCGAGCUCCGAUCUGUUCGAAUUGGAUAAUUUAUCGGCGAUAGGGAUCGAAAGGUAUCGAGAAGAGCUUCCCGUCUACGAAACAACUCGCUUGAACACGAAUCGUAUAGUUUCCAGAUGA